AUAGUAUCCUAACAAUUCCAAUAUGACCAUAUUAGCGACACGUAUUUCCCUCAGAUUACACAGAUCCACAAAUAAUUCGAAAACAAACACGAUUUUGAUAAACUCCCAUAUCUACUGGGUGAAAUAACACAGUGUGCCAUCACAGCAGCAAGAUUUGUGACCUGUUGCCACAAGAAAAGGUCAACCAGUGAAGAACUAACACCAUUGUAAAUACAACCCAUAUUUAUGCUUAUUUAUUUUCCCUUUUGUACUUUAACCCUUUGUACAUCGUUACAACACUGUAUAUAUACAUAAUAUGACAUUUGUAAUGUCUUUAUUCUUUUUGAACUUUUGUGAGUGUAAUGUUUACUGUUCAUUUUUAUUGUUUAUUUCACUUUUGUAUAUUAUCUACCUCACUUGCUUUGGCAUUGUUAACAUAUGUUUCCCAUGCCAAUAGAGCCCCCUGAAUUGAAUUGAAUUGAAACGGGGGAGGGAGAGGGAGACAAGGGACACACUGAACGCAGAAUGCAGAAUGCAUAGGAUUUGCGGAAGUGAGGGAGCGGGUGGGGCUUCGCUGGGAACCGGAGAGAGAGAGAUAGAGAGAUAGAGAUAGGGAGAGAAAGAGAGAGAGUGGUCAGACUUGUGAGGCUUUUUAUUCUAACAAAUGAGACUGUAUGUUUGACCCCGGGGUUCGCCUGCGUACAACAGCAAGCUGGAUAUACUCGCUCGGUCUUCGUUAGAAUAUAAAUGGAUGUCGUUUUUUUGUAGGCGCUUAUCUGUGCGAUAAUGAAAGAACGCUUGAAAUAGUUUAUUCGCUUGUAGCCUAUUUAUGGUAGAUAGCGCUUUGGCCCUUCUUUAUUAUAAGACAACGGGGAUCCAUCAAACGGCGGUAGCUAUGUGAAGCGUAGAAAUCGUUUAUUCCCUUUCGUGAAUUGAGGAAUAAUUAUGAACAACGCACAAGAUAUGUCUCCCGAUUUUGUCUUGAUGCGUCUGGUUUCCGCGGCCGAGGAUGACCGCUUGGACGAGGAGAAUGGGAAUCUGUCGUCGGGUGGAGUGGUGGCAGGACUCGGUAAAGAGGUCUUGGCUCAUAGCAACAUGAAAGCGGGCUUGGAAUUCGCCCGAGAUCCCACGACAGGCCUCGCGCAUUCCGGCAAUCUCUCUUCGCUGAACAAUGCACAGCAGAGCGGCGGAACCGCGGCACCUGACACCGGGGUGAUGGCGACUAAACCGUCGGUGUCUAUUCCUCCUCCUCCACACAGCGCCAUGGAGGCCAAGGGCUUUGAGUUCGCUCACAGAGGCGGCUUACGGCCUCAGCUCCUUGUGUUUCCUAACAUAUUGAGGGAUGGUGAGGGGAUUUUAGACUGUGAAUCCGACGGUCGGAAUCAGUCGAGGAAACAUAUUGUUUUGGACAAGACCUCCGGCUCUGUCUCCGACCUAAUCGGAGGCAUCAAUAACAAUACGCUCAGUGCCGGCAACGCGCAACAGCAGAACCAUCUGUCCCAGAGCUGGGGUCUGCAUCCCCGGGUGGUAUUAUCCACGGUUGCUGCCGAUAUCGAGGGAGGUGAGCUAAGCCACCGGCACAGUUUGAUCACCAACCCAUCAGACUGGCCUCCCUUAUCGGAUAAAUCCAAUCCUUUCACCAUGAUAGAGUCGAAAUGGGGGUGCACAACCGGGGAGCUGCCCGACGGCCCAGUGUUCGACCUGGCCAGAAGGUUCGGGGAGCUGGGGCUCGGCGCGGUACCCAAGAUAUUAUUCAAGGACGGGGAGAUUCCCCAGUGCUCGUGUCAGGGCGCACAUGGGCCGGCACCAGCGGGGAUGGGGCAUGGGGAUGACCCGACUGAGACUAGCGAUGCUUUGUUGGUGCUGGAGGGGCUGGGGACUGGGGACGUGGCCAGGCUGGGUAUCACUGGAUGCCCGGAGGACGAUUCGGAUGAAAGUCGAGCACGUCGAGUUCAGAAGAUGUCCGGUGCAUUUUCUCUCAGUAGCUUUCAGGCAGAGUUGACCAGACAGAUGGAAGGGGUGGCUGGAGAACCUUGUCCGUCGGCGCACUGUGACGCACAAGUAUGUAGCCUGCAUGGAAACGUACCUAACCCAACUCAACCGAGCCCGGGAGAUACAGAACAGAAUCUGGAGGUGUCGACAUUACCUGGGGCCUCAGCGGCUACACCGAGCUCGGACCGACCUGUCAGUCCAACCCCUAGCCAGGCAUCGACACCCCGGAAGCGGGCGGACAAGUGCGUCAGUGAGCCCCGGACUCCAACCGGUCGGGUCGAGAAAACACUAAAAGUUCCAGGGAAGUCCAGAAAGGGCUCACUUAAAAUACGCCUGAGUAAACUUUUCAGAACUAAAAGCUGUAGUGGUUCCAAUAGCCUUCUGGAUAAGAGGCCAUCAGUGGCCUUUUCAAUCUCCUCCGCUGGAAGUCUAAUGGAUAUGGCCAGUGGAAGUGGUGGGGAGCAUGACGUGGACAGCCAACCCCGAAUGACCAGGGCCCAAAGUGCUUUCUCUCCUGCUUCCUUUGCUCCUUUCACUGGUGAGACUGUUUCAUUGGUGGAUGUGGAUAUUUCGAGGAGAGGGGCGAACACUCCGCACCCUCCCACGCCUCCACCUCCUCCACGCAGAAGUCUCAGUCUAUUAGAUGACAUAGGUGGGCCGCAGCCUGGUCCUUUCCUAGUGAGUGUUAUGGGGGCCUCCCUACAGUCCCUCCCCCUGCCUCUUCCUCCUCCUCAUCCUUCCCAUGCCACCAUCCAGCAUAGUAUCAGCCUCAAUGAUGCAUUCCUCCGGGCCCUGCCUCACUCCACCUCUUCACAGCUCCUCUCAGCUCCUCCCCCUUCCAGGUUGGCCCCGCCCCCAAGGCUCUGUCCUCUGAGGCGGCCUGAGGCCAGCAACUUCACCGCUAGUCUGAGAGAGCUGGAAAAGUGUGGCUGGUACUGGGGUCCUAUGAACUGGGAAGAUGCAGAGAUGAAGUUAAAGGGGAAGCCUGAUGGGGCGUUCCUGGUGAGGGACAGCUCUGACCCCCGCUACAUCCUCAGCCUCAGCUUCCGCUCCCAGGGAGUCACACACCACACGCGCAUGGAGCACUACAGAGGGACAUUCAGCUUGUGGUGUCAUCCCAAGUUUGAGGACCGAUGUCAUUCUGUGGUGGAGUUUAUCGAGCGAGCCAUUAUGCACUCCAAAAAUGGAAAAUUCCUCUACUUCCUGCGUUCACGUGUGCCAGGGCUCCCCCCUACCCCGGUGCAGCUGCUCUACCCAGUGUCCCGGUUCAGCAACGUCAAGUCCCUGCAGCACCUCUGUCGCUUCUGCAUCCGACAGAUGGUCCGCAUCGACCACAUCCAGGAGCUACCGCUGCCCAAACCACUGAUCAUGUACCUGAGGAAGUUCUACUACUAUGAUGCAGAGGAAGAGAUGUACCUGUCAAUCAAGAGCAUUCGACCAGGGGCUGGAGUAGAGAAAGAGGCGGAGUCUCAGACGUAACUGGAAGAGGUGUCUGCUGGUCUGCCAGUCUUCCAGCAUCAGCCAAUCAAAGUCCUCGGCACCCUGUGAAUCCAGUCGGCUGCAGUCAAAGGGAUCCAGAUGACCUAGCCCUUCUCUUGACUUUGGCCAAUGAGAGUAGAAAGGGACAGUAGUCGAAUGCUGGAAAAUUGUCCAUACGGAGUGCACACAUGGGGCAGGGACAAAAAAGGACACAGCCUCGUUGAGAACGGACUGGAGAACGGACUCUUCUAGCCUGUACCAACCUGAAAACAAAAAACAACAACUUGAACCUAGACUUUGAAUCAAUCCCUGGACAGAUAUUCAUUGUACCUAUAAACUGAAGUUGAUGCACUGGUCCAUUUGUACUACUAUUUUUUUUUCCAUUAUCAUCAUUUCCUUGUUUUCUUCCCUCCUGUUGCUAUGAGGGUUGUUGUGGAUUCCAAUUGGCCCACAGGAGGCCAUGGUUGAUCUUUGUUUGUUGGUUUUAAUUGUCAAAAAAUCCCUGAUUGUAACUUGCUCAUCAUUCUGUUCCUCCGUACCCCAAGCUGGCCACAGGCUCAGCAUUUUCAGUAAAAAAGAGAAAAUAUGGCUUCCCUCUUUUGCACAAUCAUUUUUAAUUGACUGAAGUAAAGUGGAAGUAGGAGCCAGGCGCACCGGUUUGAGUGUGUCAAGAACUGCAAUGCUGCUAUGUUUUUCACGCUCAACAGUUUCCUGUGUGUAUCAACAAUGGUCCACCACCCAAAGGACAUUAAGCCAACUUGACACAACUGUGGGAAGCAGUGGUGUCAACAUGGGCCAGCAUCCCUGUGGAACACUUUUCACACCUUGUUGAGUCCAUACCCUGACAAAUUGAGGCUGUUCUGAGGGUAAUGCACACCUCAAUCCACACAUACAUAGUGACACAUAACCACUGACACACACGUGCAGGCCUUCAUGAGGGUGCACAACUCAAUAUUAGGAAGUUGAUCCUAAUGUUUUGUACCCUCAGUGUAUGUCAGUUCCCUGUGUGGGUGUUUUUGCGGUAAUGAUGAACAUGGCCCUUUCAAUCCAUACAGACUGAUGUAAUAAUUAAGUAGUUGUGUAAACAGCAUCAAUGUCAAAUGUUUUUACUCUGUCAUACACUCUUGAUAACUAAACCACCAAUGACAACACACACCCUGUUGUGUAGUUGUGGGGACAAGAGGCAUGCAAAGCAUAAAGGCAAUGUCAAUCUUAACACAGAAUAGUUUUUAACACUUGCACUUGACAAAAACAACUCAUCCUGAAAUUUUGACUGCUUUGCUUUUUAGUUCCCCCCCCUACCAAACAUUUGCUUAUUUCAUAGUGCCCUUUUUUCAUUGUUAUCCUAUUCAUGCAUGCACACACAGAGACUCACGCACAGAGACACACACACACACAAAGGAUGAUUUUAGGAGAACAAGGACUGCUCAUUCACACAUGCUCCUAUGUUGGGGGCCAACUCAAUGGAUGGACAACAGAUGAACUUGAGAGCUAACUAUGCCAGCAGUAUUGGUGAUUUGCCUCUAUAGAGAGAAUCCAGUUGUGUAAAUGGGUUUGUGAUGAUACAUUGAAAUAGGAAAUUAGAUAAGAAGGCCCAGCAGGUCUACACUAAGAGUAUAAUAAUUUGAUAUUUUUAAUUCUGAGCUGAUUUUCUUUGUAUAAUUGUUUUACUGAUUGUGUUGAAAUGGAAAUGACUCUAACCAUGAACCGGUCUCUUGUUGCUGACUGGUUUCAAAUUCUUGCCCUCUAUACCCAUCAAACUCAACUCUGGACCUUGAAGCCAGUGCCACUGCUUGUUUUCAUUGUUCCCCUCUAAUCAGGGACUGAUUUAGACCUGGACCUGGCACACAAGGUGGUUAAAAUUAAUGAUCAGGUAGAACAGAACACUUGCAGGUCUCUUUGUAUGGACCUUGUAUGGUAAGAGUUGAAUACCCCUGCUCUAUAGGCUUAUUAUCCAUGUCAUAAAUCAAAUCAGCCUAAGAAGGGUAGGCCACUAGGUACUAGUGUAAAGUGGUACUAUAAUGUUUUAAUAAACAGAAAUGCACAUCU